UGAGAACCCUUCGCUUGACAGACAUCAAACUUGGUACACUGGUACAUCUUCAAGAGAAAAUUACCCCUAUUUAUUUUGAGGUCACAUGUUUAAAGGUCAAGGGUCAAACUGGACAUAGGAAUAUACUGUCCGUUCAAUAUCUUGAGAACCCUUUGCUUGACAGACAUCAAACGUGGUACACUGGUACGUCUUCAGGAGAAGACGACCCCUAUUGAUUUUCAGAUCACAUGGUCAAAGGUCAAGGGUCAAACUGGACAUUGGAAUAUACUGUCUGCUCCAUAUCUUGAGAACCCUUUGCUUGACAGACAUUAAACUUGGUACACUGGUACAUCUUCAGGAGAAGAUGACACCUAUUGAUUUUGAGGUCGCGUGGUCAAAGGUCAAGGGUUAAACUGUACAUAGGAAUAUACUGUCUGCUCAAUAUCUUGAGAACCCUUUGCUUGACAGACAUCAAACUUGGUACACUGGUACAUCUUCAGGAGAAGAUGACUACUAAUUAUUUUAAGGUCACAUGGUCAAAAGUCAAGGGACAAAUUGGACAUAGGAAUAUACUGUCCGUUCAAUAUCUUGAGAACCCUUUGCUUGACAGACAUCAAACUUGGUACACUGGUACAUCUUCAGGAGUUGAUGACCCCUAUUGAUUUUUAGGUCACAUGGUCAAUCCACUCUUGACAUAGGAAGAUAUUGUCUGCUCAAUAUUUUGAAUUGAUGAUAUUACUCUCAAUUAAAUGAUGUGUGUGUGUAUAACCCUUUUCAAUUUUGCACCAUGGGGGGCAUAUGUGUUUUACAAACAUCUCUUGUUAAAAAUGUAUCGAACCGAAGCUCGAAACAAUGAAUCGAACAUUGAAUGGAGCAUAUGUAAUGAACAAUAUCAAUAUUUCGGUGAAUCGUUUCAGCCCUAUACAUUAGGAUUGACACUAACAUUGAAUAUAUCAUGAAAUAAUUAUACUGAUGCCUCUAUAUAUAAUUUCUAUUUUUAAAACCAAUUAUGUAAUCGAUAUACAAGCAAUGGGAAAUCAGUUUAGUAGUAUUGAAAAGUUCUGAAGUAUGGCUGGUGUGGUAGAGUUAGAUACAUGACCUAAGUGACCGGUAGAGUAUCGUGCUGUACCGGUAUCACUGCUUUUUCAGCUUUUAAUCAAAUGCACUGUUACAAUGUGAAUGUCAUGAAAAUCCUGUUAGACAUAUGAACCGUAUUCGGCAUUUACAUUGUAUGUCAGACACAACCAGUUUUUAUACUGAAUGUAUUCCAAAUGAUUUUCAACAACUCUGCACUUGCCAAUGGGAACUCUUUAAAGAAACACUGUCAGGGCUCGAAAUUAACAUAUGCCUGUCAGUCUGUGACUGGCAGAGUGACUGAUAUUUGUUUUAGUCAGUCUGGUGGAACUGGUCAAUUUUCUAAAAGACAAUGGAGGAAUUGACAGCAAAACUUGCUGGGAGUUUUAACGUCACGCCAGAGCCAAAUAGCACAGCAGCCCAGCAUCCAAGAUAUGCCCAGUACAAGCAAAAAACCACCGUGGAUCAGGAGACAAGGCGCAAAAGAAUUCUUGAAGAACAGAAAAAACAGCGCUUCGACUUCCUGAAGCAUGUGCGGAACUUGACAGAAGAUGCCUGGGACAACACUGAUGCUGAAUCUGUCGCCUCCAACGACUCUAUGGAUGUGUCGUUUGAAGGUGACAAGGUCAAACUAAGGCGACCAGGAAAAUACUACAAAAAUCAGAUUAUGUAUUCUGAGUGGCUUGUUGAAAAACCAGCAGAUUUUGAAGAAGAAUGGGUGUCAGUGAUCUGCCCAUGGGGAAAGAGAAAUCUGGUGGUAGCAUGCAGGGGAAGAACUCAUGCUUAUGCUAAAAAUGGGAGUCGAGUGAAUUCAUUUUCAUCCCAUUUACCUGGUGGUAAUUACGGUCAAAAGGGGAGAACUAAAGCAGACAGUGUGAUUUUGGACUGCAUCUUCGAUGAGAAUGAAGGAAUUUUCUAUGUACUAGACAUCAUGUGUUGGCAGAAUCAUCCUGUUUAUGACUGUGAGACAGAAUUCCGAUUUUUUUGGUUGACAAGUAAAUUCCAGGAGGUUCCAGAAAUUAUGGAAAAAUCACCAAAUAAUCCGUACAAAUUCAUUCCUCUUCCUAACUUCCCAUGUACCAAAGAAUCCAUUUCAACUGCAGUCAACACAGCCACAUUUAAGGUGGAUGGAAUUUUAUUUUUCCAUAAGAGAACACACUACAAUUUUGGAUCCACUCCCCUUGUGGUUUGGUUAAAACCUUAUAUGCUCCUGGAGAUUUUAGGAAUUGAAGUCUCAGAAACACUGUUGGCAGAGCGACCAGACAACUAUUCAAAUUAUGCUGCACAUCUCGAGCAUGUGGCAGAAGAGAAGAAGAAACGAGAGGAAGAGAGACGCAAGAAAGGAAAAACUCCUCCCAAAGGCAGGGGUGGUGGAGGGGGCGACUGGAAGGAGAGAAAGAAAAAAGGUGAUAAAUCUCAAGGAUGGGUUGGAAAUGGUGCCCAGAAGAUGGACAUACCGCAGAGCACUCAGCCAGAGAGAGACCCGUACUCCAAGCGAUCAUAUGGACAAGAUUUCAGAAUGGAUCUGAUGUUUUCUGAGUGGUUGACUGAUAUCCCAGGGAAUUUUGAGACGGAGUGGUAUGCAAUUAUCUGUCCUACUGGAAAACGUCAACUUGUAAUGGCUUGCGAGGGAGAGACAAUAAGCCAGUCUAAGAAUGGAAUCUUGGUGAGGUGUUUCCGAUCCCUUCUUCCCGGAGGCUUUCCUUACGACACGGCACACAAAGAUUUGUGCAUAGUGGAUACGAUCUUCAAUAAACAAACAGAGACCUACUACAUCAUGGACUGCAUGGCCUGGAAUUCACAGUAUCUGACACAGUGCGAGGCUGAUUUUCGUAUGUACUGGUUGGAGGAACAACUUGCACAGAUUAGAAACAUAAGCAGAGUCUCGCGCAAUAAUCAGCAUCCUUUUCAUCUACUGAAGCGCAUUCCAUGCACAACACAAGCAUUAACAGAAGAGCUCGUGAAAGUGGAUUACGAUGUAGAUGGAAUUUUGUUCUACAAAAAGGCCUCGGCUUACACUUCUGGAGAAAAUGACGAUGUCUUAUGGACCAAGCCGUACAUGCUUCCAGAAAUCUUUCCUGACAUCAUUGUGCCAUCCCACCUAAUGAAGAGGAAACCCCCAGAAUUCAACUACCAAAAACACCUUGAGAAAAUUGCUAAUCAGAAGAAAAAGGAGGAGGGGCGGCCAAAGUCACAAAGGAAACAGAGAACAUUUAAUAUAGAAAAACUGGUGGACGAUAUCAGUCGCAUUUAUAUCUCUCAGCAGAAGAAGGCAGGGGUUGCACUAACACCAGAGGAAGUUCAGAUUUCGAAAUGUCUCAAUCAGGCAUCGCAGAUUCUCCCAGGUCGACCAGGAAAGGGCAGGGGUAGAAAUGUAGGAGAUUAUGUCGCUUUAAACCAAAGGAGGGGGAAAGGCCAUACUCAGAGCCUGGGAGAUUACAAUGCCCUAAAACAGAGAGAAAACAUCACAUAUUACGGGGACGAUUUCUCCUAUGACGUCUAUUGUAGUUCUAGUUACUAUGGUGAUUAUUGUUACUAUGGUGAUGAGGUUUACCAUGGUGAUGAGGUUUACCGUGGUGAUAAGGUUUACCAUGGUGAUGAGGUUUACCAUGGAGGUGAUAAUUAUAGGGGAAACAGUCAUUAUCCCCCGUCGUGUUCAGGGUGGGGAUUUGAGGAUCACAACAGACAGAGGAACUCCCCACCUAAAGGAAGAGGAAGGGGUUUAUUAGGAGUCAAACCUAUGAAUGCAUAUUCUCAAACUCUCAAAGCAUUCAAAAAGUGAACAAAUGAACACGUCUUCACAAACUGUUACAAGCAUUAUGUAUUUGAACAUUUUAUCCAUUUAGUUGUUGAAAAUACCAGUAUUGUUUAAAAUACUUUUACUUUCAACAAUUUUGUUUUGAAUUUUGAUGUACCUACAAAGGGAGACAACAAACCUACUUUUGUAAUUUCAUUAUUGUUUAAUUAAACUUUUUUAAUUUAA